AUGCACCCUCCUUUGGACCGGCCGCAUCCCGACUGCGAGGAGCAAAUAAGCGAUCUCAAAAUUUGUCACGCAGAAUCCUGGAAAAAGUACCUCGGGCGGUGUAACAACAUCAAAGUACGCCUCGAUAACUGCCUGAAGGCCGAAAAAAAGCGCCUAUUGGACGAAAUGAAUGUGAAUUUAGUAGAACAAAAACUUAAGGAGCAAGAUGUGAUCAAAGAAGCGUUUGGUAAGAGUGAAACUUUCGAGGAGUAUUUGGCUCGGGAUAGAGACUAUCAGGCCGAACUCUCGAAGAAACGUGGACGUGAACAAAAGCUAUAA